AAAUUUUAACUGUUUACACGUGCUUAUCGGUUCUUCAUCGUCUUUGUUUAAAAGGAUAUUUUAUUUACAUAACCAUAAGAUUACGCUUAGUCUGUUGUUAAAAACAGAAUUAAUCAAAAAAGUAAUUUAUUAUUGAAAACGUUGAAUAACGAUGGAAUGACAUUGAAAACUUGAAAAUAAUUCAAAAAGGAGUUUCUAUCAAAAAGUAACGAAGAAGGCCAGAGUUAAACUCUUGGAAUGUGAAGUUCGCAAACGAACAACAAAUUGUCUAGAAAGUGGGCUCUAUUUUGAUAAAGGUACAUUUGGAUAAAAAGCUCUAUAUAUUUAUAUUCAGAUGUGUGAUUAUAUUGGACAGCAUCCUUUGCAGUCCUAUAUUUUCAUGGAGAAAUUUGGCAAUCGUGAUAUGAGAUUCCAGACAAUGGAUCGCAAGAAUGAUGAUGUACCUUACAAAUGUCGAGUUUGUUCAAAAAGUUUUCCAAAAUUGCGAGAGUUAAAGGAUCAUAUGGAAAUUCACGAAGGUGCUAAACCCUUCGAGUGUCCAGUUUGCCACAAAGGAUAUUCCGUGGGGAGUUAUUUAAAAACCCAUAUGCUCUCUCACCGAAAACUCUACAGGUGUGAGAUCUGUGGACACCGAGUGUGUACAAUAUAUGAGCUUAAUGAUCAUUUGGGCGAGCAUAUUGUGCAGGAGCUUUUUGAGUGCGAUAUCUGCAAGGAAAAAUUCAUCGAUCGUGAUGAUAUGAAAUGGCACAUAAUUGCUCAUAGGUGCGAUGAGCGGCCUUUUAAAUGCCGCAUUUGUUCAGAAGAGUUCCGUAGAUUGAAAGAAUUGAAGGACCAUAUGCAUGUCCAUCCAGGAGUUAAACCCUUUGAGUGUCAAUUUUGCAAGAAAGGAUAUGUAAUGCAAGGUUCUUUAACGAUACAUGAGCAGUUACACGUAAAAGCUGCACAAAAAAAAUUCAGAAAAGCCCCACUCGAAAAGCAGCUCUAUUUUGAGUGUAAUAUUUGCAAAAAAAGAUUCAGGUACGAACGUACUUUGAUAGUGCACAAAAUUGCGCAUGCUCGGGCUUCGGAGUUUGCUAAGAGUGACAUGUAUCCUCGUGAAAAUAAUUACUUUAAUGCGGUGAAGAAUGAAAUUCAUGAUCCAUUAGAUACAAGUAAUUUCAGUUACGAAAUACAGAUUGAUAAUAUCAAAACGGAAAUUAAAGAGGAAGUAAUUUAAGUUCUUCUUUCUUGAUAUUUGGUAUUCAUUGGUUUAAGAUACGCGAGAGAGAAGGAUUUUAAAGUAAAAAGUUGCUGAUAUGCCAUAUGCGCGAAAUAUGUACAGUUUUUUUAGGCGUGUGAUUGAAUAAGAAAAACGAUCUGCUCUCAAACUGAAUGGCUGAUUAAGAAUGAUUAAUUACAGUUUUUACUGUAAGUGCUUUAUUACAUAUUGUUUAUUUUAAUGAAAUGUAAUCCAUUUAUUAGUGAAUUUGAUACUUGUAAAAAUAAUUGUAAUACACGUGUAAGACAAAAUAUAUUU